AUGCAGCACACGAAGCGCAAGGCUGAGACCGACCUCGGUCCCGAGAAUGAUAUUCAACCCACCAAACCCACCAAUGGUCUCAGCUUUAACCCGCAUCAGCUUCAUUUGCCACCGAUCCUGCCCACCAGUCCGUCGAGUCUCUCGCCGUUCCUGUCGGAACCGCGGUCGGUCAUCCCUACUCCUACAACUCCAAUGACUCUGGCGUCUCCAACGACUCUGGCGUCUCCAACGAUUCCGGCCCCUGUCCUGAUUCCGUCGCCCAAUGCGCCGUCGGCUACGCUGCCCGUUCAAGGUGGGAUGACCGUGUAUCCCCAGGCCAACAAUGCUCCGCUUUUCGGGCCCCACACCAAAGGUCUCAUUACGCAAGGCAAGGCCGAAUACAUGAUGCAGCGGAUUUUUGAAGUUGGGUACCAGCACAUUGAUAAGCGUGCCAUGGCCAAGGAGACCAAGCAGGUGUACAACCUCCUCGGACCCAACCGCACCGGCAACCUUCGCGACAAGGCCAUUCGGGCCGCCAGGGAGGGAUGGAAGGACGAGUAG